GUCCUUGGAGGUGGUGCCACGUCAGAGCUUCAGCUGUCAGCAGCGCCUCAAUUCCUGCAGCUUUCUUCUCUUUGCUUGGAUUUUCCUUUCCACCAUGCUUCGGCUGGGACUGAGCUGCUUUCUGCUGCAUGUGUGUGCGGUGUUUGGGACGGAGCUGACCUUUGAACUCCCUGACAACGAGAAGCAGUGCUUCUACGAGGAAUUAGGCAAAGGUGUCAGAUUUGACAUAGACUUUCAGGUUAUUGCAGGAGGCAACUAUGACGUGGAUUGUUUUGUCACCGAUCCCUUCGACAACGUCCUGUAUAACGAAAGGAAGAAGCAGUACGACAGCUUCUCUCACACCACGGCCAUGGAGGGAGUCUACAAGGUCUGCUUCAGCAACGAGUUUUCCACUUUCACGCAUAAAGUCGUGUACAUGGACUUUCGGCACGGAGAGGAGCAACCUCUCCUGGAGAACAUGAGCAGGAGCACAGCGCUGACUCAGCUGGAGUCUUCCUGCGUCGCCAUCCAUGAGGUCCUGAAGGUGGUGGCUGAAUCACAGACGUGGUACCGGCUAAGAGAAGCCCAGGACCGCACUAAAGCAGAGAAUCUCUUUGAGCGCGUGACGUACUGGUCGAUCGGAGAAACCAUCCUGUUGUUCGUCAUCGGCAUCGGCCAAGUCAUGCUUCUAAGGAGUUUCUUCAGUGACAAGAAGGGCUCCGUGGCGGCCCCCACUUAGGACUUCUCUUCAUCUUUCAGGUUUUCCAUGUUUGAGCCUACAUCCGAUCACAAGCACAUACUGUUUGGUUUUUAUUUCCGUUUAACUGAUUCUUCUCUCUCUGUCCCCCCAGUCAGCAUCCAUUAACUUGAAUAUGUUUUUGUUUCCAAGUGAAUCUAUAAUCAGCAAAGUUUUUUCUUUUUUUUCUUUAUGUCAUCAUUUCAAAGAAGUAAAACUUGAUUAUUUACUUUAUCAUCGUCCAAGUUUAAUCUUUAUGACUAGAAGCUGUGGGAUAAAGACCAAAGAAAGAUUAUGAAUGUCAGUUUAGAUUAUUUUAUGGCUUUUCUUUCAUUUUUUUUUUUCUUAAUCUGUGUUCAACAUUAUAUGAAACCUUUAGAGAUCUUCUUUUGUUUUGCAGUUUUUUGUAUUGUUUGCUAAUUUUAUUUAAAUCUGACGUUUUAGCUCUAAUUUGUAUGUUUUGUUUUUUGUCUUGAGAUAAACAUGAGAGGUGACCAGUCAUACAGAUUUGUUUGUUUGUAAUAUCCAAAAUCUACUAACCUGCCUUGAGGUUAAAAUUCAAGUGCUGCCUUUAAAGGUAUAAUGCAACAUAAAUGAAAUGAUAACGCACAGAUACCUAUGUUUAAAAUAAGGGGAUUAAAAGUUUACAGGAAGCACAUGCAGCUGUUGUGCAUGCAGUAUGUUAAACUCAGGGACUGAUGCAGUUCUGCAUAACGGUGGCAAUCCUUCAACUGAAAAUAAAGCUCUGGUCCAGAGGUUUACGAAAGCUGCUUUGACCCUCAGUUAAACCACGUGUCUGAACAAUGAAGAAUGUUCCUUUAGGGAAACAAACCUUAAAGCUAACAGCACUGAACUCCUGUUCUUAACUCUGCUGAAGUGUUAAUGAACGUGAAUAAUCUACUGUUUCAUUGUCAGUUCCUCUGUUUUUCUCUUAUUUUGAAAUUCAAGUUAAAAAAUUUGAAUAAAAAGGUUCCCACAAAAUAAAAGAAACUUUUAAAUUAAA